UUAGUUAAAAGCAAGCCUUAAAAGCUUUAUUGUUCAUGUUUGAAACGAACAAGAACAAAAGUCUCUGGUUCUUAUGUUCAGCUUUCAAACAAACAAUCUCUCUCUCUCUCUCUCUCUUGGGCUUUGGGUCUUAUUAUUACUAUUGAUCUUUCCAUAAGCAAAAGCUUGUCUCUUGGGUUGAAGCCAACCAAGAAAGCUUAACUUAAAUAGUUAAUAGAAUUUUAUAUGGGUUUUAAGAGUUUCUUGGAUGUUUCUGCUUGUGCUAGUUUUAUUACUGAUGAUGAUGAACAAAGAUAUGUUAUUUCAUCAUCAACAACAACAAGUGGAGGAAAACAUGUCAAAUCUAACAUCAGCUUCAGGAGAUCAAGCAAGUGUGUCUUCAGGAAACAGAACUGAAACUAGUGGCUCCAACUUUCACUACAACAUUAAUCCAAAUCAGCAACAAGAAGAACAGUGUCUUGUUCCACAAUCAUCUCAAAAGAAGAAGAGAAACCAACCAGGCAAUCCAGACCCAGAAGCAGAAGUGAUGGCCUUAUCACCAAAAACACUAAUGGCUACAAACAGGUUCAUAUGCGAGAUCUGUAACAAAGGGUUUCAAAGAGACCAAAACUUGCAGCUUCACAAGAGAGGACACAAUCUACCAUGGAAGCUUAAACAAAGAUCGCCUAAAGACGUGAUAAGGAAGAAAGUCUAUGUCUGUCCUGAGCCAAACUGUGUCCAUCAUCAUCCAUCUAGAGCUCUAGGAGACUUAACAGGAAUCAAGAAGCAUUUCUUCAGAAAACAUGGCGAGAAAAAAUGGAAAUGCGAUAAGUGUUCGAAGAAGUAUGCGGUGCAAUCAGAUUGGAAGGCUCAUGCUAAGACUUGUGGCACUAAAGAAUACAAAUGCGAUUGUGGAACUCUCUUUUCUAGGAGGGAUAGUUUCAUAACUCAUAGAGCAUUUUGUGAUGCAUUAGCAGAAGAGAGUGCAAGGGCCAUAUCAAACCCUAUUCUCAUCCAAUCUUCUUCGCCUGCUCCUCAUCAAACUCAACACAACAUCAGUUUCUCUUCUUCCUCCCAAAACAUCAUCAGCAACAACAAUGUCCAUGGUCAUGACCUUCCUAUGAAGCAAGAAGAACCACAACAUCACUUCCAAAACAUCCCUCCUUGGCUCAUCUCAUCAAACAGCCCUAACCCUAAUGGCAACUACUUCCCUCUCUCUUCUUCUUCUGCAGCCACCGGAAGAUCCAACUUCCACCACCCAUCUCCAGCAAUGUCGGCCACAGCUUUGCUCCAGAAAGCUGCUCAAAUGGGUCCCUCAAAGUCAACACCUACUCCAGAGGAAGAAGAGAAGUCAGCGUUAAGGUCAAGCGCCUAUAAUAACCUGAUCACUACUACAAUGGCCUCAGCGAUGAUGACGUCACCAUCAGAACAUGGAUUCGGGUUUCAAGACUACUAUAUGAUGAAUCAUCAUCCUCAUCCUCACCACGGCGUUGGAGAAGCAUUCGAAGGUGGUUUUAUCGCCGGAAACGAGAAGAAUGAUGUAGGGGACAAUGGUGGAGGAGAGACUAGAGAUUUCUUGGGGUUAAGAUCGUUCAUGUCUCAUAAUGAGAUUCUAAGUUUCGCUAAUAAUCUUGGCAACUGUAUCAACACUUCUGCUUCAGAGCAAGAACAGCGAUACAGCCAUCAAGAUUAGGUAGUAGGUCGCUAGCAUAUGUAUAGAGAUUUUUAUAUAAAGUUUUAAAAUAUGUAUGUUUUAAGAGUUUUCGGAAAGAUAUCAUCUUGGUGCAAGCAAUUUUAUACCCCC